CGCAAACCGGCCCCUUGAUCAGCCGCUGCUCGCUCGCUUUGUGUGUUGGUGGAGCAUUCGCUGCGACACACGCACAUACACACACACACAAAUACAUACGUCCACACACGCACAUACACUCUCCCAGUGACGACGUGCUGGGGAUGGCUGGUGGACAUGGCCGGAAGGGGCGCAACCAUACUGGCGGUGAGGAUGGCGGCUUCGAGCCGCUGCUGUUGGCAGAGACAGACAUCGACCAGCAUGUUAGGGAGAUGACAAACGGUGCGCCGCACCGCCGCCACCACUACGGCGUAGAUGAUGUAGAUGGCGCUGAUGGUCAUGACGGUGGCAGUGGUAGUGUCGCCAACAUUGGAGAUGACUUCAACACACACGACGAUGACCCGCUUCUCGAUCGGCAGCACACGCACGUGGAGCCACUGACUGCGUCCGGGGAAAGAGUACUCUUGAUUCGACGCAUGAUUGUCGUGGUGGGGCUUGUUCUCCUCUGGUAUGUCUUCUCCAUAGGCCUCACCUUCUACAACAAAUGGCUCUUCAAGAGCUACGGUUUAGACACGCCCCUCUUCGUCACGUUCUGUCAUGCCAUGCUGACGAGUUGUAUGGCGUGGUCGUAUCGCCUUUACCGUCGCCACGUCCGAGGCCUGCAGCUCCCGCGCGUCUCCUUUUCAGACUGGUUCUACUCCCUCAGCCCAGCAGGUGUCACAUCUGCGCUGGAUAUUGGGUUCUCGAACAUGAGCCUCAACCUCAUCAACGUCACCUUAUACACGAUGGUCAAGUCAACAGUUGUUGUCUGGCUCCUCCUCGCAGCCUUCGUUUUCAAACUCGAGAAGCCGUCGCGCCCGCUGGUUGUUGUCAUCGCCAUGAUCUCCGGGGGCCUCAUCCUCUUCCGCCUCAAAGAGGGAAUCACGUUCCACUCUGUCGGAUUCUUCCUCGUGUUGGCUGCGUCGAUGAUGGGCGGCCUGCGGUGGGUGCUGACACAGCUCGUCCUCCACAAGGAGAAGGAGCGAUUAGGGCUGAAACACCCCGUGGACACGAUGGCGUUUGUGAUGCCGUGUAUUGCCGUCACCCUCUUUCCGUUCGCCCUCUACUUUGAAGGCCACGAACUGCUUGCCACGCAUCUGCUGUUCGGUGCACACGCGGCUACGAGUGCGACGCUGUGGUGGCUGCUCUUUGGCGCUCUCCUCGCAUUCUUCCUCACACUCAGCGAAUUUCUCCUCGUCUCAAACACUUCGGGUCUGACCCUCUCUGUUGCGGGCAUCAUCAAGGAGAUUUGCACGAUUGUGGUUGCCGUCAUGUUCACGCCAGACAACAAGCUGACCACACUCAACGUCUUUGGCCUCGCUGUGUCCAUUGCGGGCAUUGCGUACUACAAUAUCACCAAAUACCGCCAGGAACAGCACCGCAUCCACGCCAGCGAGCACGACACCAACACGCACACCUCUGCUCACUGACUCUGUGAUGUCUGUGUCUUUGUGUUCGUCUGUCUGUCUGUGUCACUCUUGUCACUGUCUGACUGUCUGUGUCACCCUUGUCACUCAGGCACUCUUCCUGUCUACAUCGGCUUCUCCCUCUCUGUGUGAUCAGCUACUCUAGGUUUGCUGCAAAAACGCCGUCUGUAUCGAUAUGCGAUGAGAGGCGGCUGCUGCUUUGUUUCUCGCUCCGGACCCCUUUGCUUCUUCCUGUACACAGUAUUCUCGCUGCCAACUGAACAUGUGGCACAGCAAUGUCACCGAGGC